AUGAGGCUAUUCGGACGCAAGUCGGCCGCCGCGCCGCCGCGCCCCGGCCCCGUGGCCACAGCCGACACGAUCCGCAAGCUCCGCGAGCAGCUCGAGUCGCUGGAGAAGCGGGAGCUGCACAUCGUCAAGAAGAUCUCGCUGCAGCUGCACGAGGCCAAGCAGAAGAGCGCGGCCAAGGACAAGCGCGGCGCCAUCUUUGCUCUCAAGCGCAAGAAGAUGCUCGAGGCCGAAGUGGAGAAGCUCCAGGGCGCGCGCAUGACGCUGGAGACGCAGGUGAUGACGCUCGAGAGCGCGCACGUCAACAUGGAGACGUUCACGGCGCUGCGGUCCGGCGCCGAGCAGAUGAAGGCGAUCCACGGCCAGAUGAACGUGGACAAGGUGGACAAUAUCAUGGAUGAUAUCCAGGAGGAGAUGGCUACAGCUGACGAGAUUGGGCGGGCGAUCUCGCAACCGCUCGGUUCCCAGCUCUAUGAUGAUGAUGAGCUGGAGGACGAGCUGCGGCAGAUGGAGGAGCUCGAGCUCGAGGAGAAGAUGCUGGAGCCCGUGGCCGCGGCAACCAGAACGCCGGCUACUUCAGUUGCUACUGCUGCUACUACUACUUCUACGGCUGCUACUGCUACACCUGUGGCAGCGUCUCGACUAUCGGAGGCAGAGUACAAGCUGCCGGACGUGCCGACGCAUGCUGUCGAGGCGAACUUUGAGUUGGUGGGCAAUACGGACGAAGAUGAACUCGAGGCGUUGAGGAAGCUCGAGGCGUCCAUGGCGCUGUAG